AAUACCGUAUAACAUUUUGCGUCAGAUAGGUCACCAACAUGGCGGAAAAGAUAAACUUUGUGCUGGUGGUUCUAGCAGUUUUGUUGGGUUUUGUCUCCUCAGAUGGGCCUACAGAUCCACCAGACCCAGCCGUUGAGUUUUUGGAGACGCAGGGAGACAAGCCGUUCCGUGUUUUUACGAAGGAGGACAUCGCUCGAUACAGUGGAGAAGAUGAAAGCCAACCCAUCUACAUGGCUGUGAAGGGAGUUGUGUUCGACGUCACAUCAGGAAAAGACUUCUACGGAAAGGCGGGAGGGUACAAUGCACUUGCAGGAAAGGACUGUACCAGAGCUGUGGCCAAGUGGUCCCUGGAACCGGAGGACCUGAACUCUGACAUAUCUGACCUGACAGAAGACCAGCUGAAGUCCCUGGAUGAGGUGUACAAGGGAGUCUACCUGGCCAAGUACCCUGUAGUCGGCUACAUGUCAUACAGGGUACUGGGGAAACCUCACGAUGAGCUAUGAGAGCAGCAGACUACAAUUCCUGCCAUGAGCCCUUUCACAGUUUGGAAUGCACAUGCCAUAGGUCAAAUGUGCAGGCCCCUAACUUGUAGAGAGCUCUUACCUAGACCAUGCUUGAUAUAUGUCCAGAUGUAUUUUGUUUAUGUCACAGGGGCCUUCAACUGUGACAUAAUGCAUCACACUGUGCAUGUGCAAUUUAAACACUGAACCAGCAUAUUGUUUGCUUUUGUAUGCUUUUGCAUGAAAUAUGUUGAUUUUAUCUAUAUACAUUUGUAUCCAAAUCAUGUGAUUCUGUAUCAUGUAGUGAUCUUCAUUGAGGAUUAAGAUCAGUUUUUGGUCAGAUGUUAACAGCAGAUAUGAUGUAUGUUUUAUGACAACUCAUUGCCCAAAUCUCAUGUGACAAAAUUUUAUGUAACAUAUCUUGCCCAGUAGAGUAUCAUUCUGGGCAAAAGAUACACUUUAUAAUGGUAAUGUAAUAUUCGUAAUGCUAUAUUUCUCUGUACUCUUAUUGGCAACUUCUUAUUUAUAUAUAGAUGCUUGUAGAUAGCUUUGCAUAAAAUUUUGAUAUGGCAGCAUAAUGUAAGAACAAUAUUUUCUGUCAUGGAGCCUGAUAUCAGUAGCAUAAGCAAUGCUCUAAAAACCUGUACUACCUCUGCACAAGGAGCACCUUUAGCAUCAUGAAAGCUGAGAGGAAAGUUUGAAGCUGACUAUAUUCUCACCAUGAAACUGUGUGCACCAGUUUGUAGACUUUUUCCUCAGACUCUUUUCAUGUUGAUCUUCCAGCUCAGCAGUACUUUUUAAAAUCCAAAACCCAAAGAAAAUCUUGGCAAUACAUCAGGUGACAUCUUAAAUUCUCCCACAUUCCAAUGUCUUGAUACUUCAAUUUCUUGCAUAUUUACUUGAGAUGUUUAUAUGUACAAUUUCCAACAUGCUGUGGAACAGCAUAUUAUGUACUAUGCAAUAGAUUUAAAUCAGACUUUACAAAUACAAAAUCGUGCAAACACUG